AUGGCGCUUCGCGUGUUAUGUUGCAAAACAUUGCAAGUCCCAAAAUUAAUUCAAUUUAUUUCGGUUAAUCGUUUUCCAAACCAACUUCAGAAUGGCUCUAAUAUAUCGAUUCGAAACUCUUCGUUCCGGUCAUCGGAGCCGGUCGGUGAUAUCUCCCAGUACCCUGAGGUUGAAGUAGUACGGAAUCCUCCGGAGUGGAAGUACGUCGAGCGGCUGCUAGCCCCACGAACCGUUCCGAAGCCGACCGCAAAGGAAAGCUACCCGUCGGGCUGGAAACCGGCCAACCCUCAGCCGGAUCUGAAGUAUCUCGUGCAGAGAACCAAAAAUCACAUGCUGCCCGUGUAUCUUCGUCGUGCGUACCGUGGCCAGCGUCGGAUCACGGCCGUAAGGCAUGUCGAGGGGGACAUAUGGCUACUGGAGGCCGAGUUGCGCUAUCUGAUCGAGAAGCAGCGAAAUCGGCCCAUCAUCACGCGAGUAAACGAAAUGAGCGGACAGAUCGAGCUGAAAGGCGACCAUGUAGCAUUUGUGGAAAAGUUUUUGUUGGAGAAAGGAAUGUAAACAUUUGGUUAGAAUAUAUGCUAAACGUUAGUGAACAUUAAGCUGAUGUGUGUCAAAUUAGUUCGGAAACGUUCGUUUUCGGGAUGAAACGAUGUAGAUUCAACUUUCUUUUAAAGGUUUUAUUUUAGGAAGGAUCGUUACACCUUUUACCACUGUUUAGCGCGAUGGCCAAGGCCUUUAGUGACACCGUC